GUCCCUGUUGAGAGCUGUUUUCCAGGGGAAACUUCCGCUGCGUCGUGUUGUGAUGAGGUAGCAGCAGUUCCGGAAACAAUUAGGACCUCGUUCCUGGCACCAUGGCUGAAUAUUCUCGUGUGAAAUCCACCAAGCUGGUGCUGAAGGGAGUGAAGGAUAAAAGCAAGAAAAAACAUAAAGGCAGUAAGAGGAAGCGAGAGGAAUCGAAAGAAGAUAGCUUGGAUAUUGUGGGAAACUGGUGGGUGGUCAGAUGCCUUGGUGACAUUUCAGGGACGGUAGCUGUUGAAAUGGACAAAGGAGCUUACAUCCAUGCCCUGGACACUGGCCUGUUUACUAUUGGAGCCCCACACAAGGAUGAUGAGGGUCCAGCGCCACCAGAGCAGUUCACAGCUAUUAAACUCUCAGAUGCCAGGAUUGCACUGAAGUCUGGAUAUGGGAAGUACCUGGGAAUAAACUCAGAUGGCCUGGUCGUGGGUCGUGCAGAUGCAAUUGGCGCUAGGGAGCAAUGGGAGCCUGUGUUUCAAGACGGGAAAACGGCUCUGCUGGCGUCCAACAGCUGUUUUGUUGGCUGCAGUGAAGAAGGAGACUUAGUAGCACACAGUAAGACGGCCGGUGAAGCGGAGAUGAUAAAGAUCCGAUGCAGUACAGAAAGAGAAUCGACGCGAAAAGACGACUUAGCUGAUGAAGAUCGGGGCAAUGUUAAACAGUGUGAACUCAAUUAUGUCAAAAAAUUUCAAAGUUUUCAGGACCGUAAACUUAAAGUAAGCAAAGAAGACCACAAGGAACUCAAAAAAGCCAGAAAAGAAGGGUCUUUCCAUGAAGCACUUCUGGACAGGAGAGCAAAACUGAAAGCAGAUAGAUACUGCAAGUGAAGACAUGCCAAUGCUGGGGAUGGAGAGAAUCAGUAGUAUUUUUUCAGUAUUGUGUUUCAAAGUUAAAAUAUGUUGCAUUAAAGAUUUUUUAUUUUAAA